CUGGUGAUGUACUACCUAUUAUGAAUCUGUAUCUAACAAAACACAGGCUAUACCAAGUGAAAAGAGUGAUUUGAAGUUUAUUUUCCCAUUUGGAUUCAUUGUAGAUGAACUAUUGAUAGAAUCUAUACUGGGUUAAUUGAGGACAAGCUUUCAGACAAUGAACUAAAUAGUAAUGGAAGGCGCUGUAUACAGAUCAUCAUUGCGCAGCAUGUCACUGACAGCAAGCCUCCCAAAUGUACGAUAAUCCUUCAUGGUGCAACUAUAGGCGUAGAUUUGGAUGUGUGAAUUUAUAUUAUAACAUACGAUAUAACGGACGGUGGUUUAUGACAAAAAUGCACUAGGCUACAAUUAUUUUCAGAUUUCAGCUAAUUCGACUAUUGUACCAGCAAUGAAUACGGCGGUAUUCUACAAUGUGCAGCAGCCAGUGCAUUAAACGCAGGUUGCGUCCGGUAAAUCAGAUUAUUGGACGGUAAAAGGCUGGCUAUGGUAAAAUGGAUUGUGACGUGAUGGUUUAAAAUCCCGGGGGAGGGAGAGCAUCGCAUGUCCUCGCCCACGGUAAAGUAGGUAGUCGGCUGACAGGGCACAUACGACAGACUCACCACCUAUUGCACUAAAUAACAUUCUUUCUUCACUAUGUAUCCAGGCAUGGCUCCUCAAAUAUCACCCUAGUGAGGCGUGAACCAGCACGAGCGGUAACAUGGCCACCUAUCACCAGAUACCAGAUGAUGAGAAGGGGUAUGAGUUGGACCUCUUCUGUGUCCCCAAACACUAUGAGGAGGAUUUAGACCGGGUCAUCAUCCCUCAUGGACUGAUCAUGGACAGGACUGAGCGCCUGGCUCGUGAUAUAGUCCGGGACAUGGGGGGACACCAUAUAGUAGCACUGUGUGUUCUCAAAGGAGGUUAUAAAUUCUUUUCCGACCUGCUGGACUACAUCAAGGCCCUAAAUCAGAACUGCGAUAAGUCUGUCCCGUUGACUGUGGAUUUCAUUAGACUAAAGAGCUAUUGUAAUGUUUUGAUAGUUGAGGACAUUGUGGAGACGGGGAGGACUAUGGAGACACUGCUAUCACUGCUGAGUGAAUGCAAUCCAAAGAUGGUCAAAGUGGUCAGCCUUCUAGUCAAGAGAACACCAAGGAGCUCAGGAUACAGACCAGACUACAUGGGGUUUGAGGUGCCUGAUUGGUUUCUGGUGGGAUAUGCCCUGGACUACAACGAGUACUUCAGAGACCUCAGUCACAUCUGUAUACUGAACGAGAAAGCAAAGGUGAAGUACAAAUUGUGAGCUGAAGAGGA